CGCUCUCCCUUCCUUCCCCUGUUUCCGUUUCGCUUCCUCCUCCGAGUUCUCGCCUACAUUUCCCACUUUCCCACCCCGAAAAUGGCCAAAACCUUGUGAAACGGAGCACUAGUAAAAACCCACCCGAGGCUCGCACAUCCAUCCCAUCGACGCCAUUGGCAUCACAGCACCGCCAGCCCCGCCACCCUCAGCUCCGGUGUGCAGAGGCGCUGAAUGGCCUUGCGCCUGUAGAUUCUGGUCCCUGUACACCGACCAAUCCGGCCGAGGUUUGACCAAGAUCGGCACGCGGCCGCGUGCGUCGGGCUCGAUCCGCCUCGUCUCCUAGGAAUAGGAUGGCGGCGGUGGCGGACGGAUCGGCUUCUGCGGCGGCGGCCAAGGAGGUGGAGUACCAGGCGGGCGUGCAGAAGCUGGUGGACCUGCUGUCCAAGCUCAACCCGGCCGCCAAGGAGUUCGUCCCCUCCUCGGCCGCCUCGGCGUCGCCGCCCAAGAAGGCGCUGUCGGCGGACGCGCCGGUGUUCGACUACCGCUCGAUCGGAGCCGGGAAUGGGGGCGCCAAGGACUCCGCCACCGACGCUUCUUUUUACAUUGGGAGCCCACAGCGCAGGAGGUGGAAUGGAUACCUCAACCAAGGAAGGAGGAGGGCAAAUGAUCGGGUGAGGCGUACAGAAAGAGAGGACAGCAUUAGGCGAACUGUUUAUGUCUCUGAACUUGACCAUACGGUGACGGAGGAGAGACUUGCUGAAAUCUUUGCUACCUGCGGGCAAGUUGUUGAUUGCAGAAUUUGUGGUGAUCCCCACUCAGUUCUUAGGUUUGCAUUUAUUGAGUUCUCUGAUGAGGAGGGCGCACGAACUGCACUUAACCUUGGAGGGACAAUUUUUGGUUUCUACCCUGUUAGAGUCUUGCCUUCAAAGACAGCUAUCUUACCUGUUAAUCCAAAGUUUCUUCCCAGAACGGAAGAUGAGAAGGAAAUGGUUAUGCGAACUGUCUAUUGUACAAACAUAGAUAAAAUGGUUACUCAAUUAGAUGUAAAGAAUUUCUUUGAAGGACUUUGUGGUGAGGUCUCUCGGUUGAGACUUCUAGGGGAUAAUGUACAUUCCACAAGGAUUGCUUUUGUUGAGUUUGUUCACGCUGAGUGUGCCAUCAUGGCUCUGAAUUGCAGUGGGAUGAUUUUGGGAACUCUGCCUGUCAGGGUGAGCCCUUCGAAGACUCCAGUGAAGCCACGUGUAAAUCGAGUGGGAUCUGACUGACUCUGCGUAAGCCGAACUGGAUUGUUCACGGGAAGGGAUCACCAUAAGCUUAAGGCUUCCGCGAUCCAGUGCGUCAGGAUGCAUUGGCUUACAUUCUUACAAACAUUCUCGUUGUACCCUUUUGCAAACCUAUGGGAAGGGAACUGGUUAAAUCAGACCCUUUUUUUAGCUUGCAUUUGGUUCUCGUGUUUCAUUCGUCCUGAUGGAACUGUCAUUGGGCAACCAGCCAUCACAGUAAUUUCUGUUCCUGCUGUUAAACUAAUUGGCAUUUAACGUCUUACCUAUGAACUAUCACUGUUGUUUCA